AUGGACAGUAAAUCUAAAGCUAAUGAUGGUCCUUUAGAUUCGAAACUUGUUAUUGCGAAUUUGACUUCAACAACUAAGGCAGAUGCUGCGGCAUAUAUGUUACAAGCUGCUAUUAAUUUAAAGAUUUUUUAUCCCAAAUUAAUUCAUUGCACUUGUGUCGCCCACAGGGUAAAUCGAAUUGCAGAAGAAAUAAGAAAUCUGUUUCCGUUGGUGAAUCAUUUUAUAAAUUAUAUGAAGAAAGUUUUCCUAAAGGCUCCGUUGAGGGUGCAGAUGCAGAUGUACAAAGAAAAACUUCCCGGUGUCCCUUUGCCACCUAAACUAGUAAUUACAAGGUGGGAAACGGGGCUCGAAGCAGUUUUCUCUUACUUUGAACACUGCGAUGAAAUACAAUUAGUAAUGUCAGAAUUUAAUGAUAAUAUUUCCGAAGCCAUUCGAGAAGCAAAAAAAAUAUUAAAAAAUCCGAAAUUAAAACAGCAACUAGCUUAUAUCAAUGGCAAUUAUAAAUUAAUAGUUAGCACAAUCACCUUAUUAGAACGACAAGAGGUAAAUUUAUGUGAGUAA